UAGUCUGAAAGGUCAUAUUUCAAAUUACUAAACUGUUAGUUAAUGUUAAACAUAUAUAUGUGAUACAUGAUGUUAACAUUGUACAUAAGUUUACCCUAGCCUACCAAGGUAUUCUGGGUGUGGAAAAUCCUAAUAUCCUGAAUAUGGGAUGGAAGGAUUCCACUCUACUCCUUCUCCUGAUAUAUACAGAUUGUGUUUACUCUAAAGGGGGGUCUGAGUAUUGGAGUGAGGAUUAUGAUACAUCAAAGAACUGUAAAGACGAACAAACUAUUCUCAAAAUUAUGACAUCUGGGAACUCUUCAUUGGGGCAUUGUGAGGAUGAAGUUGGGGACCUUAGUGAUGUUCAGGUUUUCCAAAGCUGUAAAUUCAAGUUGGCCAAAGCAGUUGCGACUGCAUGUUCAUCUACUACAGUUAAAGAUGGAGGGAAGCUGCUGUACUGUAAAAACAACAAACUGACAACCUGCUGCUAUCACCAACAUAAGUGUGUUGAGAACUGGAACGCUAUUAAGGGGGAUUAUACUAAAACUGCGGAGGCUUUUCUCAGAGAUAAGAAAGCCUGGCUUGAGAACGAGAAAAGUAAAGGAUAUGAAACCUGCCAAGCUCUAGACUCCAGUUAUGACGCCUCUGUUUGUCAAAAAGAUUGCACAAGUCAGGAAACUUCAGAUUUUGCUAAGCAGUGUUCAGCCCAGGGAGGAUUCUUUAAAUGCUGCAUAAGACGAGAUAAAGCCAACUGUCAUGAAUGUCGGUAUUGCUGUACCCUUCUCAUGUGCACCAGGAAAAUAGGAUCAGGUUUUCACACUGAUUUCACCUCACUCAAUGGAACUAAGCUAGUUGUGGACUCCCAAAGUGAAGGAAUACAGCAAGCUAAAGAACUGUUUUUUACUUCAAGUUCUAUGUGGAAACUUCCAGAUUACAGAUGUUUGAAUCCUGAGAGUGAUCCGGAUCCACUGAAGUGGGGUCAUUAUGAUCCAUUCUCAUUCAGUGAAGCUAUAACUAAGGAGGAAUUGAGUAAGGCGGUAACCUUUCCAUAUGACAAGCGAUUCAUGAACUUUGAAGAUCCGGAAGUAGUCAAGGAAAUGUUAGAUACAAAAGAAUUGGAAAAGAAAUGGAAAGAAGUUUAUGGAUUUGACUUCGCACAUCUGGGCUUUGAUGGCUCUGAGAGACUUCUGGAUUGUGUUAAAGCAGAAUCAAGCGAAUUCGCGAAAAAAUGCAAAAAGAAUAAGGGUUUCUUUAAAUGCUGUUCAAAUGCAUGGAAUUUGUAUGCAUUUGUUGAGUCAAGGAAAAUUCUCAAGGAUUUGAACUUGAUCACGUCCUUUGAGGAAAUUAAGGGCUGUACUUCUGCUGUGGACUGUUUUAUUGAGACCAAUGUUCAUUUUUGUUCCAUUUUGGACCAGUAUACCGGACUUGUUGAACUAGAGUUUGAAACCCCAAUAGAGAAUCCUUUGGGAGGGACAAGCAUUGUUAAUGCGGAAAGACAGCACAGAAUAAAAGCAAAUGGAACCGACUUGGUAAAAAAACCUCUGAGACUUGGCCAUCGAGCUUCAUUUUGUGCCAUUCUGGACACAUGUACGGUGAAUGACAUAUAUUUUACCAACAUCAGUGCAUUUAUGCAAGUUUAUGACAAGGAAGCCUUCUGUAACCUUGAUGUUAAAGAUAUAAUCUACAGCGACAACUUUAAGGCAGAAGAUCCCCAACAAUGUCAGCAGAGAAAGUAUCCAAAUGUUCGAAUAUGUCCAAAGGAAGAAUUUCUAAAAAAACCUAAAGGAGAACUAGGAGUAGUUCUAUUUGGAAAAGGCAUGGAGAAACUAUGGAAAGGAAGCAAAAAGUCAAAAGAUAAAAAGAAGAAAUCAAAAAAGAAGAAAAAGAAGAAGGGAAAAAAGAAAAAGAACAAGAAGAAAAAGAAGAAGAGGAAAAAGAAGAAAAAGAAAAAGGACUGAAAAUAAUUUGUGAAAACUGAAUUGGUAAAAUAACGUAACAUUAAAUAAGAUGGUGGUAUGUUUCAUAUCCAUGAAUUUAAUUGAUUUUUUUAUUGCAAUAAAUAUUUUUUUUCUAUA